AUGGAGGAGCUGGUAGGGCUGCGGGAGGGCUCCUCCGGGAACCCUGUGACUCUUCAGGACCUGUGGGGCCCAUGUCCUCGCAUCCGCAGAGGCAUCCGAGGUGGCCUGGAGUGGCUAAAGCAGAAGCUGUUCCGUGUGGGUGAGGACUGGUACUUCCUGAUGACCCUCGGGGUGCUCAUGGCCCUGAUCAGCUUCACCAUGAGCUUCAUCGUUCGGCGUGUGGUCCAAGCACACAAGUGGCUGUACCGGGAGAUUGGGAACAGCCACCUGCUCCGGUAUCUCUCCUGGACCGUGUAUCCGGUGGCCUUGGUCUCCUUCUCUUCGGGCUUCUCACAGAGCAUCACACCCUCCUCAGGAGGUUCUGGAAUCCCGGAGCUGAAGACCAUCUUGUCGGGCGUGAUCUUGGAGGACUACCUGGAUAUUAAGAACUUCGGGGCCAAGGUGGUGGGCCUCACCUGCACCCUGGCCACCGGCAGCACCAUCUUCCUAGGCAAAGUGGGCCCCUUCGUGCACCUGUCUGUGAUGAUCGCUGCCUACCUGGGCCGUGUGCUCACCAAGACCACUGGGGAGUCUGAGAACAAGAGCAAGCAAAACGAAUUGCUGGUGGCCGGGGCGGCAGUGGGCGUGGCCACAGUCUUUGCUGCUCCCUUCAGCGGCGUCCUAUUCAGCAUCGAGGUCGUCUCUUCCCACUUCACCGUCUGGGAUUACUGGAGGGGCUUCUUCGCUGCCACCUGUGGUGCCUUCAUGUUCCGCCUCCUGGCGGUCUUCAAUAGCGAGCAGGAGACCAUCACCUCUCUCUAUAAGACCAACUUCCGAGUGGACAUCCCCUUUGACCUGCCGGAAAUCUUCUUUUUUGUGGUGCUGGGGGCCAUCUGCGGCAUCCUGAGCUGCGCCUACCUCUUCUGUCAGCGAGAGUUCCUCAACUUUGUCAAGAUCAAUCCCAUCACCUCCAAACUGCUGGCCACCAGCAAGCCUCUGUACUCUGCCCUGGCCGCCUUGCUUCUUGCCUCCAUCACCUACCCCCCCGGCCUGGGCCGCUUCAUGGCUUCUCGGCUGUCCAUGGAGGAGCACCUGGACUCACUGUUUGACAACAACUCGUGGGCGCUGAUGACCCGGAACUCGUCCCCGCCCUGGCCCACGGAACCUGACCCCCAGAACCUGUGGUUCGAGUGGUACCACCCGCGGUUCACCAUCUUUGGGACCCUUACCUUCUUUCUGGUUAUGAAGUUCUGGAUGCUGAUUCUGGCCACCACGAUCCCCAUACCUGCCGGGUAUUUCCUGCCUGUGUUCAUCUUCGGAGCUGCCACCGGGCGCCUCAUAGGGGAGAUCCUCUCUUUUGCUUUCCCUGAGGGCAUCGUGGCCGGAGGAGCCACCAACCCCAUCAUGCCUGGAGGCUAUGCCUUGGCAGGGGCUGCGGCCUUCUCAGGGGCCGUGACCCACUCCAUCUCAACGGCGCUGCUGGCCUUUGAGAUGACCGGCCAGAUCGUGCACGCGUUGCCCAUACUGAUGGCAGUGCUGAUGGCCAAUGCCAUCGCCCAGAGCUUCCAGCCCUCCUUCUACGAUGGCACCAUUAUUGUCAAGAAGCUGCCGUAUCUUCCAUGGAUCCGGUGCCGAAAAAUCAGCUCUCACCGUGUCAUUGUGGAGCACUUCAUGAACUGUACCAUCACCACGCUGGCCAAGGACAUGCCACUGGAGGAGGUGGUCAAGGUCGUGACCUCCACAGACUUGGCCGAGUACCCCCUGGUGGAGAGCACAGAUUCUCAGAUCCUGGUGGGUACCCUGCGAAGGGCCCACUUGGUGCAGGCUCUCCAGGCUGAGCCACCCUCUUGGGCACCAGGGCACCAGUGGUGUCUCCAGGACAUCUUGACUCGGGGCUGCCCCACGGAGCCAGUGACCCUGCAGCUGUCCCCGGAGACUUCCCUGCACCAGUCCCUCUUCGUGACGUCCCAGGGCAGAGCCGUGGGCUCCGUGUCUUGGGUGGAGUUGAAGAAAGUAAUUUCCAACCUGACAAACCCACCGGCUCCAAAGUGA